CACUUCGGAAAUACACAUAUCAGCAUGGCUUCACAGCACCUGGAGUUUGUUACUGUGCAUUUCUUCCAGCAAUUUUGGAAAAUUAUCGAGCAGUUUGUUUGCGCCGGGUCGGCAACACGGUAAACUUACUACCGGGAAACACAUUUGUGGUGACACUGUGUCGACCGUUACUUUUUAAACGUUACCUGGUAACCAAGUGACGGAGCUCUGACGGUCCAGCGUGGCUGAGGACUGCUAACAGGCUUUACGUACUAUAUCCAAAUAAAAUACGACAUAGCUAACUGAAAGGGGCAAAAAUGUCAACAGUUAAUGCAAAGAAAAAAGACACUUCUGCUAAAACACAAGGACCCACAUCUGCAGAGAAAAAGAACAAAGCGGAAAGGAAAAAGAAAAGGAAACAGUGGCUGAAAAUGAAGUAUGAAAAGUUGAAGCCACCACCGAAGAAACAAGAAAAACCUAAAGCUCAGCCAGCAGCACCUCCAAAAGACGUCCAACAGUUCUCUGCCAACUGGAAGGCAUUACAAGAGAUGCUAAAGGCCAGUCAGCCGGAGAAGAAGCAGCCCAUGACACCAAAAUCUCAGAAUGGUGCUCUGCAGAAAAAGGAGGCUAAAAAAAAUAUUUCCAAGAAUAAAGCGGAAGACACAGGGAAAAAAGUGAAGCACAAAACAUUUCCUACCAGUGCUGUCCCCAAGGACUCACAGGUGGACUCAAAGGGUCCAUCUGUCUCAGACGCAAAACAGUCUGCUGCUCUGAAAAGGAAAAAGGACAGCGGAAAGUCAAACAGCGAGCAAGCGGCUAAGAAAAAGAAGCCUGUGGUUGAAGAGACGAAGCCUACAGAAGAGGACCUUUGGUUUGAUGACGUAGACCCAGACGACAUCGAGGCAACCGUGGGAGCAGAGGCAGCAGAGAUAAUGAGGAAGAAGCAGGGCAUUAAGAAGAACAAUGACACAGAGAGCUCCCUUGUCAAGGAGAAAGCCUUUGAGGGCCUCACCAGAGCCGUGGCCAUUGAUUGCGAGAUGGUGGGAGUUGGCCCUGACGGAGAGGACAGCAUCUUGGCUCGCGUUUCCCUCGUGAAUCAGUUUGGGAAAUGCAUCUAUGACAAGUAUGUGAAACCCACAGAGAAGGUGACAGACUACAGGACAGCUGUCAGUGGCAUCCGACCGCAGGACAUCAGAGAUGGAGAGGAUUUACGGACUGUGCAGAGGGAGGUUGCUGCCAUCCUGCAAGGCAGAAUAGUGGUUGGACAUGCCAUACACAACGACCUAAAGAUUUUACUCUUGGAUCAUCCAAAAAAGAAAAUCCGGGAUACUCAGAAGUACAAACCUUUUAAGAAGGCUGUAAAGAGUGGUCGCCCCUCGCUGAAAGUCCUCUGUAGAGAAAUACUCAACGUUAAGGUCCAACAGGGCGAGCAUUCAUCCGUCCAAGACGCUCAGGCCACCAUGAGGCUCUACACAAUGGUGAAAAAGCACUGGGAAGCAGAGAUUAAAGCUAGACAUAACAACAAAGACUUAGACAAGAAAUGUGUGAGAAAGCCCAAGGUUCCCAAGUACAAGAACAAGGACAAGAAUCUCAUGGGAUUAUGAAAACAAAACCAAUCGGCAAGAGGACAGAUCAUCUCCGGAUCAGAGCAGCCCUGACUAAAAUGAUUAGAGGUUUGCAAAGAUGUCCAGAAUUGUGUUUUUAACAGCUGGCCCCUCUUGACAGGAUAUGCCAAAAUGUAAAAGACUUGAUUGUUCUUGCCAAGAUUUACACAAAGCGUAGAGCGUUCUGUGUAAGCAUCCCAGGCUGCGACUCACACAGGGAUUCUAAGAGAUGUGGGAGCUUCUACACACAGUGAUCCUUUUGGGCCAUUUCCUCCUUAAAUAUUCCCAGAUCAUCAUUUCACAACAUGUUUUUCCCAGCAGCUGGAUGCAGGUGUUCAGAUCAUCCUAUGUCAUCUCCACAGUGCUCAUGAGAACUCAAACUCACUUGUCCACUAGCACGCACAGUCCUUUAUUUUGCAUAAUGGUUCCAGUGUUAUAUGAAUCUAGAUCUGUGUUCUCUCAUGACUUGGUUUGUAGUAAUGCGAUUCCUGGUUGCCUUAAAUGUUUUAAAAAGUAUGAAUUAAACAGAGAAAUUCUUUCUUUAUAUCUA